AUGAUGACAGAGGUGAAAGUGAAAACAGAGGUACCAGAUGACUACAUCGAAGAGGUGAUCUGGCAGGAUGACACCAAAGAUUCCAAGAAGAACAUAAAGGAUGGGCCAGGAGAUGUGCCUGCUGAGAUCUGUGUGGUCAUAGGGGGGGUCCGCAACCAGCAGACGCUCGAUGGCAAAGCAGUGGAACGUGGCUCUCCUGUUGGAUAUACUCGAAAUCGAUAUUCAGGGACCUGGAUUUUUGACCAUGCAUUGAGAUACACGUCUGGGUCUUACGAGUGUGGAAUAUGUGGGAAGAAAUACAAGUAUUACAACUGUUUCCAGACCCACGUGCGAGCACACAGAGACACUGAAGCUGCCUCAGGUGAAGGAGCCUCACAAGGCAACAAUUUUAGGUACACAUGUGACAUUUGUGGGAAAAAAUAUAAAUACUAUAGCUGCUUUCAAGAACACAGAGACCUACAUGCCGUGGAUGACCCCUAUGACCAGGCCGUCAUAGCAGCAGAUGAAGUGAAGGAGGAGGAGCCAGAGCCGUUCCAGAAGAUUGGUCCAAAAACUGGCAAUUACACCUGUGAAUUCUGUGGCAAGCAGUACAAAUACUACACUCCCUACCAAGAGCAUGUGGCUCUGCAUGCACCUAUUAAGUUCUCUCGAUCUCCACUCUUCGUGACAGUGAAGACACAGACGAGCCAGUCCAGCAAAAAAACACCGGCCUCAAUAAACCGCUGUUCUGCCCUCCUGCACCGCAGCCCCCCCGCCGGCCCGCCCGCCUCCCAGGCCCAGAUGUUCCGUGCUCCGAAUUCUGGAUCCCCAGGAAGCAAGGCCAUUACAGAAAAGCUCCUCCCAGAAGCCAUUGAAGGGAUUAGAUCCUUAGGCACAUUGAGAGUGGAAGGCAAAGAGCAAAACAACUUUGAAGAAACAAACAGCAAUUCUCAGAACUCCAGUGCUGUUCAUUCGGGGACAGAAAAACCUAAAGAAAAGAGGUGUAAGCAGAAUCCAUCAGAAGCAGCAAGUCCCCUGAUUUCAAAUCCUUUCCCGCUUUUACAAAAGCCUUACACCUGUGGAGCUUGUGGAAUCCAGUUCCAGUUUUAUAACAAUCUCCUGGAGCACAUGCAGUCCCACGCAGCUGACAACGAGAACAAUAUUGCCUCUAGCCAGCCCAGAUCACCUCUAGCUGGUGUUGAAGAGAAGUGGAAACCACAGCUCCAAAGAAAUAACACCAACAAUACAUCCGCGAGCGGUUCCGUAGGGAACAGCGCGAUCCCGGAGAAGGAGCGGCAGAACAUUGCCGAGAGGCUCCUGAGGGUGAUGUGCACUGACCUGGGGGCUCUGAGCGUGGUGAGCGGGAAGGAGUUCAUCAAGCUAGCCCAGACCCUGGUGGACAGUGGAGCUCGUUAUGGUGCCUUCUCUGUCACCGAAAUCCUGGGCAAUUUCAACACACUGGCUCUGAAGCACCUGCCUCGGAUGUACAACCAGGUGAAGGUGAAGGUCACCUGCGCCCUGGGCAGCAACGCCUGCCUGGGCAUCGGGGUGACCUGCCACUCGCAGAGCAUCGGCCCCGAUUCUUGCUACAUCUUGACAGCUUAUCAGGUGGAAGGCAACCACAUCAAGAGUUAUGUCCUGGGAAUUAAGGGCGUAGACAUUCGGGAUAAUGGUGAUUUUAUCCACCACUGGGUACAGAAUGUGCUCUCGGAGUUUGUGAUGUCAGAGAUCAGGACGGUGUACGUCACGGACUGCAAGGUCAACUCCUCUGCCUUCUCCAAGGCAGGCAUGUGCUUGCGCUGCUCGGCCUGUGCCUUGAACUCGGUGGUGCAGAGUGUGCUGAACAAGCGAACGCUACAGGCUCGCAAUAUGCACGAGGUGAUCGAGCUCCUGAAUGUCUGUGAAGAUCUGGCAGGAUCCACGGGCCUCUCGAAGGAGACCUUUGGCUCCCUGGAAGAGACCUCUCCCCCGCCCUGCUGGAACUCAGUCACUGACUCCCUCCUGCUCGUCCACGAGCGCUACGAGCAGAUCUGCGAGUUCUACAGCAGGGCCAAGAAGAUGAACCUCAUCCAAAACCUGAACAAACACCUGCUCAGCAACCUGGCGGCCAUUCUGGCCCCGGUGAAACAGGCAGUGAUUGAGCUGAGCAACGAGAGCCGGCCCACCUUGCAGCUGGUGCUGCCCACCUACGUCAAACUGGAGAAACUGUUCACGUCCAAAGCUAACGAUGCUGGCGUAGUCAGCAAACUCUGCCACCUCUUCUUGGAGGCACUGAAGGAGAACUUCAAAGUUCAUUCGGCACACAAGGUAGCCAUGAUCUUAGACCCUCAGCAGAAGCUGCGGCCCGUCCCACCGUACCAGCACGAAGAGAUCAUUGGCAAAGUCUGUGAGUUGAUCAAUGAGGUGAAAGAGUCCUGGGCAGAAGAAACAGAAUUUGAACCUUCAACCAAGAAGCCUCGGACAGCAGGGGAAGCCACAGCAGCUCAGGAAGAAGAUUGGUUCGGGAAAAAUGAAGUCUACGAUUAUUUGCAAGAACCUCUCUUCCAGGCCACCCCUGACCUGUUUCAGUACUGGUCGUGUGUUACCCAAAAGCAUACAAAACUAGCCAAGCUAGCCUUUUGGCUCUUAGCAGUGCCUGCUGUUGGUGCCAGAAGCGAGUGUGUAAAUAUGUGUGAGCAGGCUCUCUUAAUCAAAAGGAGACGGCUACUCAGUCCAGAAGACAUGAACAAACUCAUGUUUUUGAAGUCCAACAUGCUUUAAGACUGUCUGUUAAUUAAAAUAAUACUUUAAAACACUGUUCCAAACAAAGAAAAAGAAUUUUAAGUUCUAAACACUGUGGACCUCAUGAUGAAUGCCCCUGGAAACCAAGUGCUUUUUUAUAUAUAUAUAAAAAUAUAAAUAUAUCUAAAAUUAAGUUUGAAAGGAAAGCUGAGCACGUGAGAGAGACAGCCCUCUGCCAGGAACGUGCUCCUUUCCAUAGAUAGUGUGUGGACUUGACAGACUUUCUAAUGUUUUCAAGUGGGCAGGCCAAUGGGAGGCUGAUGUUCUAAAGUCUUCAGGCAGCUGAGAUCUAAAGUGACUUGAAGUUUCUUUUGUUUCUCCUCCACCCCACCUCUCCUCUUGUCCCCUGGGCCAUCUUGCCAUGGAUAAUCAGACUACAUUGAAUAGACCAAUUCUGCACUGAACUUUGCUCCUCUGAAUGACUGUACACCUUGAGGGCAUUUGUCUGCAGCCUUCUUGACACAGGGUGCCUGUUCCCAGGGCAGCUGUGUUUUAUGAACACCAGUAUCU